UAACCUACUGUUUAAAGCUGGGUUUGUCCCAAGCAUUAACUCAAUAAUUACUCUGCGGUACAUCCAGACUACAUUGACCAAUGGAACAGCGCCACAGAAGCAGAAGACGAUAACAUGGGAAGCACAGCCCUCACCUUCAUCCUUCUCUUCCUCAUCACUCUGCUGUUUACCAUUGGAACCACUGCUAUUAAGGUUAAAUGAAAUGAAGGUGAACUUUCUGUGUAAAAUUAUUUUUCACACUUCUUCUUAUAAACUCAUAGUUUCAUGUCAGCGGAUUGUCUCUCCAAAUAUCACAUUACACCCUGUCUGGGAAGGUGAAUACGGGGUCUCACCAGUCAGCCUCGUCUGCAACCUAAAAGGCUUCUUCCCAGACGACCUGAGUGUGGAGUGGAAGCUGGACAAUCAACCUCUAAACAUUGCCGAAAUCCAAACCAAGCUGCAGAGUGUGGAGGGAAUGGAGAAAACCUUCAGUCUAAGCAGUGAGAUUGAGCCAAAUCGGAUUAAUUGGGCAGAUGGCUCAAGUUUUACAUGCAAGUCCAUUCACAACAAACAGGAGUUUAUAAAAGCAAUAAGUAUUUGUCAAAUCCAUGGAAGUGCCCCUCCUUCCAUCCACGUGGAGAUUCCCAGCUUUAAGACAGUAAUGAUGACAGAAUCCAUAAAAUCUGUGAAAGCAACAUGUUUGGUACGCACUGUUCUUGAUGCCAAGGUGACCUGGCAGAUGGAUGGGAGAGCCGCAUCUGGUAAAACAGUGAUCCAGGACAAAAACACAACUCAUAUAGUCAGUGAUGUGACAGUUUCAUUAAGUCAAUGGAAACAACUCAAGUCUGUAACAUGUAAAGCUGAACAUAAGUGCUUCUUAUCCACUGAGAGACUGUGAGUGUAGAAGGGCCUGCAGUUACAGCCCCAUUGGUUGAGAUUAGAAGAUCGCUCAAAGAUUUGCUGAAGGGGGACAUGCAGUGCUGUGUGAUGCACACAACUCUCAUCACGUGACCUGUACAUCACCUUUCAGCCAACAGGGUUGACAUCCUGACAACAGUAUGUUGAUCUUCCU